GCUUUCUUCCACACAAACCGCCUCUGUCCUUUGAUAAAUAGACCUAAAUACCUAAUAGCUCCCCAAAGAAUUCAUCAUAAUACUCAUCCCAGCCUCGCCCUCUGGAUCGGAUUGCCUUUUUAAAUUUCCAAACGACUAUCACAAUUCACACAUCGCCUCUUUCUCCAAAAUUUUCGUUCGUCGGACCCCCUCUCUCUACAAUUUUCCGUUCAACAAUCCCUGAUUUCUUCGGGUUCUCUCUGAUUUAGAAUUGUUGUAUGAGCCAAGACAGUUUUAACCUCAAUCAACCUGCCUGAUGGCUUCUUUGGAUAUGACACUUGAUGAUAUGAUAAAGAGCAGACGUAAUAGUGAGAGAAGUCACAAAAGUCGGGGACGAGGCAGACCUCUACGUGGAAGAGGGGCCAGUGGAUCAUUUAGAGGUGGAAGACGUGCUGGAGCUCCUCCUGGUCGAGGUGCUCUUGGUGUUAAUGCCAGACCAUCAGCCCACACCAUUGCCAAGUCUUUCCGCAGGGUGAAAACUUUGCCUUGGCAGAACAGUUUGUUUGAAGAUGGCCUUAGAGCAGCUGGGGUAUCAUCUGGAUUUGAAAAUGGUACCAAGUUGUAUGUUUCCAACUUGCACCACAACGUGACCAAUGAAGAUAUAAGGGAACUCUUCUCGGAGAUUGGAGAAUUGGUAAGGUAUGCCAUCCACUAUGAUAAGAAUGGCCGCCAAAGUGGUUCUGCUGAGGUUGUUUUUGUGAGAAGAACUGAUGCAAUCCAAGCCUUAAAAAAAUACAACAAUGUACAAUUGGAUGGAAAGCCUAUGAAGAUUGAAGUUGUUCCAACCAACCCGCAAGUUCCCUUGUUACCUCUUGUGAAUGUUGUUGGAAUGAAGAAUGGAAAGAGGACAGUUGUCAUGAAUAGGGGUCAAGGAUCUGUAAGGCCUAGAAGAACUGGUGCUCCUCUUGCUACUAAUUGGGGUUCUGGGCAAAGGGACCAAGGUGGACGUGGUGGUCGUGGCCGAGCUGCUGCUGCUGGUCGUGGCAGAGCUGCUGGGGGUGGUCGUGGACGUGGAGGAUCAAGGAAGAAAGGUAGUGUUGUGACGUCAGCUGAUGAACUUGACAAGGAGCUUGACAGCUACCAUGCUGAAUCCAUGCAGACUUGAAUAUACCUUGCUCCGGCCACAAAGUCAAACCUCUCUAAUCAGUGGAUCCCCGUCUUUAUAUAAUUCAAGUUAUCAGUUUUUUUGUUCUCUGGUGAUUAUUACUGAUUGUUGAUGAAUUGAUGUUGGGAGAAGGAUUCUAGACAUUUGUUUUCUAAUCUUUGCCAAGUUUUAUCAUUAUUCGAACUGGAAUGAUGUGCAUAUAAUACUAGUUUCCCGAACUCGAGGGUCAAGAGUGGUGAGUUUCUAAUCUUUGCUUGUACUCCAUUGUAUAUUAUUAAAGCACUUGCUAGUUCAUGUCCUGCGAAGGAAAUACUACGUAAUUAUUAACUUGAGGAUUAUGUUGUAUAAUUAUGUCGUUCGUAGUACAAUAUAAUCACAGAAUUACUUCACGUUU